AAGUAGCAGUGAUGAUGACAGUAAUGAGUAAAACACAUGUGGUACACUACAUACAUAAAAAGCAAAAGCCUUCUCAUCAUCAUCCCCAUUCACACUCCCAAAUUACUCUCGAAUUCUAUAAGUAAAAAAACUAACACUCCAAACCAAUUCAUUUAUCCAUAUGGAAGAAACAACAUCAACCAUCUUGGCAGCACUUUCAUCUCUCCCUCCUUCCCACCUCACAAACCUCACUAACACCAUUCUCUCCUCCACCCGCCGCCACCACCGCCGUCUCACUUUCCUCCUUUCCUCCCCAUCACUCUUCUCACUAACUCUUCACCACCUUCACACUCUAUCUCUUCAACAAAAAACUCUCCUCAUUUCACGCCACCUCCUUUCCUUUCUACACCUCCUCACUCAAUCAAACAACCCCACCUCACCUCUUCCACCUCCUGUUUCAACUUCCAUGAGAGAACGUGACACCGACGCUGUGUUACUCCUUCUGUUGUUCUGUGAAACACAUAAAUACAACCCAGAAGCUUUAACCGCACCGUUUUCACACUGGAGGCUAAACUUGAACAAAAUCUUCUCCAACACAUUGUUAACGCUUUCUUAUUCUUCUGCACCACCGCUUGGUGCUUGUUUUGGUUCGGUUUUGAUUCCGUUUAUCGAGACGGUGAGUCGAUGUUGGAGAUUGGUAGGUGUUUUGGGUUGUGAAGAAGGGAAAGAAGUGAAGGAGGUGGCGGCUUCGGCGGCGACGGUGGUUUCUUUGCCGGCGGUGGAGGUGAGUGUUGGUGGGAGAGAGUGUGUGAUAUGUAAAGAAGAGAUGCAAGUAGGGAGAGACGUGUGUGAGUUGCCAUGUCAGCAUUUGUUUCAUUGGAUGUGUAUUUUACCAUGGUUGGGAAAGAAGAACACGUGUCCUUGUUGUAGGUUUCGGUUACCGUCCGAUGAUGUUUUUGGAGAGAUCCAACGGUUGUGGGAAGUCUUGGUUAAAAUUAGUGCGAAACAUAUAUAACAAGAUGGUUGAUUAAUUAAACCCUUAACAUUAGUUAAUUUUAUCUUAUUCUUACUUAAAAAACAAAUGGAAGAAAGGUAUAUUUAUCUGCUAUUUACUAGUUCUUGAUAGGAGGCAUCAUAGGGAUAGUGAGGUCCACUAGAAAACAGUCAAGGCUAGCUUGUGAUAUGUGUGAUGAGGAGAAGAUGGCGUGGCAAUUAGUUGGCUUAAUAUGGAUUCUUGCAUAUAUGUUAAUUUGUUUGGUUUUAGAUGUUUUGGACCUUAGACAGGGACUGUUGUGGUAGAGGGAAUGAUUUCAAUUGAUGGAUGGAUAAAGUAUACAAAUGUGAGGUUCUUAUUAUAUAUAUUUAUAAAAAAAAGAUGUAAUAAUCUUGUAUGUAUACUAUAGUAAUAGAUUUAGAUUAGUAUAUCAUAUAAGUCAAUAGAUGGAGUAUGAUAGAAUUUUUAAUAACCGUAAUUCACAAUAAGUUCCUUAUAUUGUUGGUA